AUGUACAGGCAGUUUGUUCUGUCAAUCCUGCUUGCAGGAAUCCUGUGUGCGGUGGGCGGCGACACCCGCAAGACCCGCCUCCAAGGCUCCAUCCCCUCCCCCUUCAAGGGGAACGGCAACACCUCUGACAAACGCACCCGUAAACAGGAAAUACUUGCCUCCAGCCAGGAAGCUCUCGUCGUCACAGAGAGGAAGUACCUGAAGAGUGACUGGUGCAAGACCCAGCCGCUGCGCCAGACGGUGAGCGAGGAGGGCUGCCUCAGUCGUACCGUCAUCAACAGGUUCUGCUACGGCCAGUGUAACUCCUUCUAUAUCCCACGACACGUUAAGAAGGAGCAGGAGUCUUUCCAGUCCUGCGCUUUCUGCCGGCCCCAGCGGUUCACCACGCUAACCAUAGAGCUGGACUGUCCCGACCUCCAGCCGCCCUUCAGGCACCGCAAGAUCCAGAGGGUCAAACAGUGCCGCUGUGUAUCGGUCUCCGUCGGUGACUCUGGGAAGCAGUGA